UGUUGCUGAGGAUAUUACAUAAUAUGGCGGCUGUAAGCUGUUGAUGUAGGUCAGAGCCAAAACAUCGGAUCUGUCCUUUUUUUAAAUACUAAAAUUGUAAAAUUUUUUCAUCUUGCUUGGCCGUACAGAUCUGUCGCUAACAUUCUUUUACAAUGGGAAUCAGCAGGAUACACAUUAGCAUAGGCUAUGCUAGCUGCGGGACUCUGUUUGGAUUCUCUGCCUUCUUGGUUUGGAAUAUCGCCUAUAAACAGCCAUGGACAGCGGCUAUGGGAGGCCUGUCGGGAGUCUUGGCGUUCUGGGUUCUUGUCACACACAUCAUGUACAUGCAGGACUACUGGCGCACCUGGCUCAAAGGCCUCAGGUUUUUCAUUGUUGUCGGAGUGCUCUUCUCAGUGCUGGCGGUAGCUGCUUUCUUUACCUUUCUAAGCCUGGCCAUCACGCAGAAACACUCACUGACCAACCCGCGGAGCCUUUACCUGUCCUGCGUUUGGAGCUUCCUGACCCUCAAAUGGUCCUUUCUCUUGGCCUUGUACUCUUACAGAUACCGCCAGGAGUUUGCUGACAUCAGCAUCCUCAGCGAUUUUUAGCCAGAAGGAUUUUUAUAGACUUCAGUGAAGGUUGAAGGAUUUACGAAUGCCAGCAGGAGCUGGACUCUGAGCUUUGUAACAACGAGGAGGAAAAGCAGACAUGGUUGUUUUGGAAGUCAGGUGGCUUUUACAGCAAGGAGAUGCACCUGUUACACUAGCUUAACGAGCUUUUAUCUUCGUCUUGUAACCUGUUCUCCUACCUAACCACGAGUUACAGCUGAAAGUCCAUGCUUGUACAGACUGGAUCCGGGCUCUGCUGGGAAUGAAGGGAAUUUUUCAGAGCAGAUUGCAUCUCCGGAUUGUUUUAUGACAAAACAAUUAGAGUGUAAGAAAAUCACCACCAUUAUGGCGUCAUAAUUCAGAUUUGACCACAAACCAAAACAACAUGCUGAACAUGGAAGUGCACAUCUGGUUGGUUGAUUCCUUUUUAUUUUUUCUGUAGGAUCAUCUAAGAAAAUAACAUAAUAAUUCAUCAUCUUCCAUGGAUAUCUGGAAAGUAGAUGUUUAGAUGUCAGUGGUGCUGAAAUUGAAGUAAUUUUCAUAACCCCCC